AUGUCCAGCCAGCCCUUACUCCAGACCGCCCCAGGCAAGCGCAUUGCGCUCCCGACGCGCGUCGAGCCCAAGGUAUUCUUCGCCAACGAGCGGACCUUUCUCUCAUGGCUCAACUUCACCGUCAUCCUCGGCGCCCUGGCCAUCGGGAUGCUCAACUUUGGCGACCGCCCGGCCUUCAUCUCGGCGUUCCUGUUUACCGGCGUGGCCAUGGCGACCAUGAUAUACGCCCUCGUAACGUACCACUGGCGGGCGAAAUCGAUACGGAUGCGGGGCCAGGCCGGGUUUGACGACCGGUUUGGCCCUACCUUUCUGGCCAUCAUCCUGCUCCUCGCCGUGGUGGUCAACUUUGUGCUGAGGAUCACGUACUCGUCUCAGGACAAGCCUUGA